CUCGCCGGAGGGCGCUGAGGUGGGAGCGCGGCGGAAGCAACGGUUUGUCGUGGCAACAGCCGGGCGCGGGGCCUGAGCUGUCGGGCGCGGCCGUGCCCUCCGGCCACGAGCCUCGGGUGGGGCUGCCGACCCUGGGUUGGGCUCCGGCUGUGCUCGGGGACUGCUGCGGGCGGCGGGCGGAAAUACCGAGGGGGAUACCGGGGGCGUUUGGCGGCCCGAGGGGCGGGCGGGUACCCGGAGAGGGGCGCUUGGCGGUGCGGCUGCGGGUUGUAGCCGGGCGUUGGCGCGGCAACGCGCUGCUCUUCGCUGACAGAAAUGGCCGUGAUGGGGCCGGGUGGUGGGUGCCAGCGUGAGGCCGGGCUGUCUCCCCAUCUGUCUGUGCUCUCCUUCCCCACGGAACUCGAAGAGACCUGUUCUCAAAAAGAUUCUUCUUCCUCGAGAGCAAUGUAUGCUAGAGAAGCUGGAGGAGGAGAGCAAAAACCUGAGUUGUGAUGCUUGCUGUGUGUGAGGUUCCUGGUAUUCCCGCAGCAGUUUUAUUCCCUUUGCACUGCCUUUAUCUGAGCUGCUCAAACCGCAUGCCUUUGUGGAUGACACGCUCCCCAUCUACUGCUGGGCUAACACAUCAUCCAUUGCCUUCUGCAGUACAUCUCAGUCCCCAGCAUUUGCUGCACUCUUGUCAACAACAGUGACGUAAUGUGUUGUAGGUAACAGCUGAGGCGCUGGCACAGCUGCCCAGAGAAGCUGUGGUGCCCCAUCCCUGGAGGCGCUCAAGGCCAGGUCACCAUGAAGGCCUUGUAUUGUCAGCAGAAUUCAUCCGGAGAGGAAAUGACCUUUAUCUUCCAGGAAAGGGAAAACCUUCCUCCUACAGGAGACAAUGACGUGAAAGUUCAAGUUAGAGCCUGCGCUCUCAGCUGGAUAGACACAAAGCUCCUGUCAGAAGUGAAAUUGGAAAAGGAGCUUCUGCCUGUUGGUCGAGAAAUUUCUGGAGUUGUAUUGGAAGUUGGGAGAAAGGUGUCCUUCUUUCAGCCUGAUGAUGAAGUAGCAGGAAUUUUGCCUCUGGAUUCUGAAGAGUCUGGCCUUUGUGAAGUUGUUCUAGUUCAUGAGCAUUAUUUGGUUCAUAAACCAGAAAAAGUUUGUUGGGUGGAAGCAGCGGGGACUGUUCGUGAUGGUGUCCGAGCAUACACAGCUUUACACUACCUUUCACAAGUCUCUCCUGGAAAAACUGUCCUUGUCAUGGAUGGAGCGAGUCCAUUUGGUACAAUAGCUAUUCAGUUAGCACAGCAUAGAGGAGCUAAAGUAAUAUCUACUGCCUACAGUCUUGAAGAUAAGCAGUACCUGGAGAGGCUUAGACCUGCUGUGGAAGGUAUGCGGCAGCCUUUAGUGACUCGGGUGAUCGAUGUGUCAAAUGGAAAGAUAGACGUGGCAGAAAGCUGCUUGGAAGAAACAGGUGGCUUAGGAGUGGAUAUUGUUGUAGAUGCUGGAGUAAAAUUAUAUAGUGCUGAAGAUGAAUCAACUUCAAAAUCACAGUUACUGCCUCAUAAGCAUGAUAUCAUCACUCUUCUUGGUGUUGGGGGAAACUGGAUAACAACAGAGAGAAAUCUUCAGCUGGAUCCUCCAGACAGUCAUUCCUUGUUUCUUAAAGGAGCCACAGUCUCCUUUCUGAACGAGGAGAUAUGGAACUUGUCCAAUAUAGAGCAGGGGAAGUAUCUCUGCAUCUUAGAAGAUAUAAUGGAGAAAUUAUCAAGUAGUGUUUUCAGGCCUCAGCUGGAUGAACCGAUCCCCUUGUAUGAAGCCAAAGUUUCUAUGGAAAUAGUUCAGAAGAAUCAAGCAAGAAAAAGACAAGUCAUUCAGUUCUAACAUAUGAAUUCCUGACUUCUAAGCCCAUGGAAGAUAAAGAAACGUAAUGUAUUUCAGAAGUAAAUAAGUCUACACUUUCAAGUAACCAGAAUUCUGUAACCAGAAUUUAAAUAUCUUCUGUUCCUCAGCACAAACGGUCUGUGAAGCUCCUGGGACUUAAGAUGCUUUUUGAUCUGGUUGAGUAAAAUGUUCCCAUCAGCAACUUCUUGGACAGAUGGUCUUGACGCACAAAUCUUGACUGCCCUGCCCUCAUUACAAAUGUCAGUAACAUCUACGGGCAAUCUCCCUUGCUGCUGUUUUUCAACUAUAAGAAAUUAAAGGGGAAAAAAGAAA